AUGGAUGCUACAAUAGCUGAAUUAAAAGAUUUUGAAGUAAAACAUAAUGGUGAAUUGCAAUUAAUAAAAAUUUUUCAAGCAAGUAUGAUUGAAGCAUUUUUUAAAGGAACAACACUUGACGAAUGUUAUAAUCAUAAUAUACAACAUGAACAACAACAUGAACAAUCAUCAAAUAUUUAUGAUAAUUUUCAAUUAACAACAAAACAAAAAGCUACAUUCGAUGGGAAAAUUGAUAUAUAUAUACGUCAUGCUCCUGAACAUUUACAUACACAUCCAUGGCAAAUGAUAUCUUAUGAAUUAACAGAUCUAUCAAAUAUAUUUAGAACUUGUUAUUGUACAUCAAUUGAAGAACAAAUAAAAUCUACUCAAAGAUCAAUUGGUUAUGAACGUGCAAUACAUAAUUGUUCAACUAAAGUUAAUUGUUUAUUACCAUGUUGUUCAUAA